AUGGCCUCCGACAUGCAGACGUUCCAGCAACCCACACUUCUGACUUCCCUUCCCUCGUUGCGAGCUGAGACAGCCAGCCCGAAGCGGCGUGUCGACCACGAGGCGUUUGGGAGCCCCACACUUAUGCCGCACCUCGAGGAGCUCGAAAGUGGGAUAUAUCGACCCGGCCAGCGCGAAAGUUCUCUGCUCUCCACCAUGAGCCUCUUCACAAGCUACUCGAAGCGAGGCUGUGGCCGUGCCUUUCUUCAGAGAGUCGUGGACUCCGCGAAGUUUGAGUUCCUUUGUGGCCUGUUGAUCUUGGCGAAUUCGGUUCUGCUUGGGGCCACCAUUCAUUGGCAAGCACGUCACCGCACCACUGGCAUGCCGGACGGCAUGCAUGCAGUGAGCUUUGCCUUCAAUGCUUUCUUCGUGUUGGAGCUUUGCGCACGGCUUGCUGCCUAUGGGUGCCGAGCCUUCUUCUGCACAUCGAGCAACUACAAGAUCAAUUGGUUCGAUACGGUCAUCGUAUUGACGAUCUUGCCGCAGCUCGUCGCGGAUGUGUUGAACAUGGAUGCAACCAGGUUUUCACAUCAUGGCAGCAACUUGCGCGUCCUGCGAGCUCUCCGGCUUGUCCGACUUCUCCGACUUGUUCGGUUGCUGCGUGUUGUACGGUUCUCCCGAUCGCUCCAGACCCUUCUCCAUUCCAUCUUCGUGACUCUUCGAGACCUGUUUUGGGCCAUGCUGCUUCUGGCGCUGUUGGUUUACAUGUUCGCCACGGCUUUCACAGAGGCUGUAAACCGUGCGCUGGUCAUCUCUCCCGACGCCUUCUUGCCGGAGGAGGCCGCAGCACUGGCAAGGCUCUUUGGAGACCUGCAGCUGUCCAUCCACACUCUGUUCAUGUCCAUCGCUGGUGGUUUGUCGUGGGUCGAGGCCACGAAUGCGCUUCAACGGAUCAGCUGGUGCUGGGUCUACCUCUUCUGCUCCUACGUGGCUUUCAGUUUAUUCGCCGUCCUCAACGUGAUGACAGGUGUCUUCUGCAACUCUGCGAUCAAGGGCGCAGAGAAAGACCAGGAGAUGGCUGUGCAGGCGCUGAUGGUCGACAAGCAUGAGCUCAAGAACGUGUUGACCAAGCUCUUCCGGGAGAUGGAUGUGAAUGACGAUGGCUCUGUAUGCUACAAAGAGUUCAAGCAAUGCAUGCAGGACGAAAAGGUGAAGAACCUUUUCGAAGCCUUGGACCUCGGACCAGGGGAUGCGAAGCAGCUGUUCAAGGUUUUGGAUGUCAACAAG